CUGUCGCUUCGGCGCAAGAGGCGGCGGCGGCGGGCAAGGAGAGGCUUCAGCCGCCGCGCGGAGGGUGCAACAGCAGCAUGGGGAGCCGGGCCGGCAAAGGGGGCUCCCCCAACGGGGAGUGCCGCCGCGGCGGGGCCGAGGAGGACGGAGGAGCUGCCGAGCCGCCGUCGCUGUCCAGCCAGCCGAAGGUCUCCUUCUCCUGCAGCGCCGCCGAGGACGGAGGUGGCGGCGGGUCCCCGAAGGCAGCCGAGGAAGGCGCCGCCGCUGCCGGAGCUCCGGAGGGCGAGCCCCGCGGCAGCCAGGCCAGCUUCAUGCAGCGGCAGUUCAGCGCGAUGCUCCAGCCGGGCGUCAACAAGUUCUCGCUGCGGAUGUUCGGCUCCCAAAAGGCCGUCGAGCGCGAGCAAGAGCGCGUCAAGUCCGCCGGCGCCUGGAUCAUUCACCCCUACAGCGAUUUCAGGUUCUACUGGGACUUUACCAUGCUGCUCUUCAUGGUGGGGAACCUCAUCAUUAUUCCCGUCGGCAUCACGUUCUUCAAGGACGAGACCACGGCCCCCUGGAUCGUCUUCAACGUGGUGUCGGACACAUUCUUCCUCAUGGACCUCGUGAUGAACUUCCGGACGGGCAUCGUCAUCGAGGACAACACGGACAUCAUCUUGGACCCCGAGCGGAUCAAGAAGAAGUACCUGAAGACUUGGUUCGUGGUGGACUUUGUCUCCUCCAUCCCGGUGGAUUAUAUCUUCCUCAUUGUGGAGAAGGGCAUCGAUUCGGAGGUCUACAAGACCGCCCGGGCCUUGCGCAUCGUCCGCUUCACCAAGAUCCUCAGCCUUUUGCGGCUGCUUCGGCUCUCCAGGCUUAUCCGCUACAUCCACCAGUGGGAGGAGAUCUUCCACAUGACCUAUGACCUGGCGAGCGCCGUGAUGCGGAUCAUCAACCUCAUUGGCAUGAUGCUGCUCCUCUGCCACUGGGAUGGCUGCCUCCAGUUCCUUGUGCCGAUGCUUCAGGAUUUCCCCAGCGACUGUUGGGUCUCCAUCAACGGCAUGGUGAACGACUCCUGGAGUGAGCUGUACUCCUUUGCCCUCUUCAAGUCCAUGAGCCACAUGCUGUGCAUCGGCUACGGGCGCCAAGCGCCGGAAAGCAUGACGGACAUCUGGCUGACCAUGUUGAGCAUGAUUGUCGGGGCUACCUGCUAUGCCAUGUUCAUCGGCCAUGCCACCGCCCUCAUCCAGUCCUUGGAUUCCUCCCGGCGCCAAUAUCAGGAGAAGUACAAGCAAGUGGAGCAAUACAUGUCCUUCCACAAGCUCCCCGCGGACUUCCGCCAGAAGAUCCACGAUUACUAUGAGCACCGCUACCAGGGCAAGAUGUUUGAUGAGGACAGCAUCCUUGAGGAGCUGAAUGAGCCUCUGCGAGAGGAGAUUGUCAAUUUCAACUGUCGGAAGCUGGUGGCCUCCAUGCCGCUCUUUGCCAACGCCGACCCCAACUUCGUCACCGCCAUGCUCACCAAGCUGAAGUUUGAGGUCUUCCAGCCGGGCGAUUACAUCAUCCGCGAGGGUACCAUUGGCAAGAAGAUGUAUUUUAUCCAGCAUGGAGUGGUCAGUGUCCUCACCAAGGGCAACAAGGAGAUGAAACUCUCAGAUGGCUCCUACUUCGGAGAGAUUUGCCUACUGACGAGAGGUCGUCGAACUGCGAGCGUCCGGGCGGAUACCUACUGCCGUUUGUACUCCCUCUCGGUGGACAACUUCAACGAAGUCUUGGAGGAGUACCCCAUGAUGCGGCGGGCUUUUGAAACAGUCGCCAUUGAUCGCCUCGACCGCAUAGGCAAAAAGAAUUCCAUCUUACUGCACAAGGUCCAGCAUGACCUCAACUCGGGCGUUUUCAACAACCAAGAGAAUGAGAUCAUCCAGGAGAUCGUCAAGUAUGACCGGGAGAUGGUCCAACAGGCUGAGCUGCAGCCACACAUGGCCAUGUACACGCCGGCCCAGCCCCAGGUGACCUCCGCCAUCGCCACGCUCCAGCAGGCGGUGGCCAUGAGCUUCUGCCCCCAGAUGGCCAGCCCAAUGGUCGGCCCGAUGGGCCUGGGCUCGCCCCGGAUGUUGCGGCGUCUGCAGUGCCAGGGGGGUGUCCCCGGGCCCUUCUCCAUCUCCCCAGUCCUGCUGCAACAACAUCACCAGCAGCAGCAGCUGAAUCUGCAACAGGGCAACCUUCAGCCGCAGCACCAAAAUGUCCAACAGCCGAAUGUCGUUUUGCAACAGCAGCAACAGCUGAAGCAGCCGCCGCCCGCUUCCUCCGCCAGCCGUUUCCCCCCGGGGGUGUCCAGCCCACCCUCCCAGAGCCCUCACACCACUCGGACGUUCCCCUACGGGGGCGCCAAGGGUCAGUCGGGUUCCCAGCUCUCGCUAACUCAGCAGAAGCCGCCCGGCUCGCCGCAGCGGCUGGCGGCCCACAAAAGCACACAGGCCCUUCACACCAGCAGCCUCAGCCAGGAGACCAGGCCGCUCUCGGCAUCCCAGCCCUCCCUCCCACAUGGCGUCUCCCAGAGCAUGAGCCGGAGCCCCCCAACCUCGGCCCGAGAGUCCGCGGCUUCGAUCGCGCCGGGGCAGGGGGCAUCCGCAACCUCCUUGUCGCCUGCCACUUCGACGCAGAGCUCUAGCAGCGCCCCUCAAGCUGCACCACGGGGACAGGCCCCCCCACCCCGCGUGGGCCUGCCGCACCCAAUGCCCACAGCCUCUGCCGCGUACCCGGGAGCAACGACAGCAGGCAGUCAGCAGGACUCGGGCAACGCCCGCAAGGAUUCCAUAGUUAGCGCCUCUGAUACGGACCCAGCAAAAUCCAGGCUCUCUUCCAACUUGUGACCUUUGACCUAAGCAGCAGGGGGGCAUUGUGGGGAAAGUACGAGGGGUGCGCACCAUGAGAGCCUCAGCUAUGUGGCAGCACGAGAUGGCGAUGAGGCAGCGGGACCGCAGAUUCCAUCACAGCUCCUUUUCUUUCAUGUUGACCGUUACGUGCUCUCCAAAACUGGCGGUAUGAAUAGUGUGUGUUUAAGGACCCUCAGGGUUGUCCCCCGUUGCUGGCCGCUAAAUCAGGCGGGACCCCCAGGGAGGUUUUGCAUCCUGCUUUGGAGAAAGGGGUGGAUGGAUACACAGAUAGCUGCCUCUUAGAGAAGCUGGGGAAAAGUUGUGUGUGUGUGUAUGGAAGGGGGGCACUCCUCUAGCCAGAAGAGAGGGUGCCGUGCGUGUGUGUUUGCGUGUGAAGCUGUUCCUGACCAAAGUUUGGCUCCGGACUCCUGUGGUCAUCUUACGUCCAUCUCACCUCAUCCUGCUAGGACUGUACCACCGAAAGCCAUAUCUAGAUUAUUGUGCAACUUAUCCAA